AUGUUAGCUUUAUUUCGUUUAUUUGCUAAACAUUCCAUGGGUCUUGAUUCUUUCUCUUUCGUUAUGGAUAUGGAUGUUAACAUUAAUCAUGGUUUAAGUUAUUAUGAUAAUAAAUUACAACAUAAGAUUUUAAUUUUACGUGAACCAAUGAUUCGACAAUGGUUAGGUCAAAUUAAAGAGUUUGAAUUCGCGGGUGAUUUUGCUACCGAUCAUGAUUUUCCUAUUUUGAUGCAGAUUUGUCGACAUCUUAUAAAGAUGGAAGUCAGAUUACCUGAUUUUGGUUAUAACGACGAUGAUGAACAUUAUGAUUCUAGUGCUGAACUUACCGCUCGUUUCAUAGAAUCACAAUCCAAAUUAGAACAUUUUAUCCUUCGUGACUGUCAUUACCCUCAAGCGUUAGGUACAGCACUCAUACGCCAACAAAACACUCUACGUUAUAUACAAUUUUGUGAUAUAGUGUUUGAUAAAUGGUGUCCUUUGGAUUGGUUACCGAAAUGUUUUAAUCUUGAAAUUUUAGAAUUUUGUGAUUCCGAAAGUUUGAGUUCUAAAGUUUUGGCCCCUCUGAAGUUAGCUCCGCUUACCAAACUCCGUUCUAUAAUCUUUAAGGAAGAUCCUGUUCCAAUUGAUACUUUGGAAUCUUUAAUUUUAGCUAGUAAUUCGAAUUUAGAAGAAAUUAUUUUUGGAUGGCCUGAAGAUUGUAAACAAGAUGGUUAUGCUCACAUAUUAAAUUCUAUUUCGUUGAAUUGUCCAAAUCUUGUGAAACUUGGUGCUAUGAUCGGUCCAAAUGAAAUAGGUGAAUUGUUUGAAAUUUUAAAUAGUUGUAGAAAAUUAAAAUAUUUACAUAUUUAUGGGAAUGGUAGACCAUUUGAUGUGAGUGAUAUCUUACCAGAAAUUGGAAAGAUCAUGCCUAGAACUCUAUUAGAUUUAAACAUUUCUGCUAGAUGGAGAUUUAUGCCUGAUAGUCUAAGACAAUUUCUGGAAAAUUGUAGUUUGUUAAUUGAAGAACAACAUGAAGUGUUCAAAGAUGGUGUUUCUUUGAAAAAUUUUGUUAUAAGCAUAUGUGAUUUCAUUAAUGACGAGCAUCUGAGAAUCUUGGUUAGACAUUCAAUGAAAUCUUUAAAAUUUUUUUCUUUAUGGAAUAUGAAAUUUACGGUAAGUGAAGCCGGAAUUGAUAAAGCAAGUCAAUGGUUAAGAAAAUCUGUAGUGUAA